AUGCCUCCUUCAACUGUAGAGCGAUGCACGGACAAAGAAGACUCACUCCAAAAUUGCAAACGAAAGAAGCGACGCGCUCCAAGAUUAACUGGGGUUAGCAAACAGCGAAGAAAAGCAAAUGCGCGGGAAAGAGAUCGAGUAAACAUCCUGAAUAACUAUAUUCAAAUUCUACGAACUUUAAUUCCUCAAACACAGAACAAUUACAGGGUUACCAAGUUUGAUGUCAUAGUGGGUGCUACUUUGUACAUCUCGCAGCUUUCAUCCAUCUUGAAGGAACAAGGAGUUUUGGUUGGCAAACGGAUCGAAGACGUUCAAGACCCUAAAACUGAGUUAUCAGCUCUGCAAGAAACGGAAACCUGAACACCUCUUUAAGACCUCAAAGUUUACAAACUGUGAUUAACUCCAAAUUAAGCCGAGAUUUUGAAUUGCAAAAGUUCAAAUGUUAGUAAUCUUAGAUAACCAGUUAUUGAUUUAUCUAGAAGAUAAAAUAACGCGUUUUACUGGACUUAAAAUUACAACUUAGAGCGGUUCAGCUUCUGACGGAAUUUCGUUUAAGCCCUGUUCCACUUUUGUUUUGCUGUUUACCGACUUCUUAACAGCAAGAGUCAACAAACUGUAAUAACCUCGAUACAGUGCAUUCAAAGCCUCUUUUCUAAGCUAGGCACAACAAUGUUGUAUCACCGAGAGAUGAAAAUAAACUCAGUACAGUUCUCAUACCCAUCUACUUUUUGUGUGUUGAGUUUCUUUUGAAUUCUUUAACUUUUACAAAACUUAAGACAUGUUUGAAUGAUUUACCAAAAUACAACUGAUAAGAGUGAAAGCAAUCAUCAAUGAAAAGAUUCUUUUCAAACAACAAUGUUUCCCUCAGGCGAGAGGCGAUGUCUAUUUUUAUUCAUACAUCAGAAAAGUAUGUACCAGCUAAGAAAGGCAGUUUUGAUGAAUAUUACUGACGAUUACCAAGUUUUUGCUCCUAUUUCUUCUGAGAAAUCUGAUGCGAAACUAUUCAUUUAAAUUUUUCAGCAAUUAUACUUUAUCUUUUCAAUUUUGGAGCAGAUUAAAAUGGUUCCUUCGGCUUCUUUCAAAAUCAGCCAAACGUAAAACCCUAUCAGAGAUAAGCCACAAUUUGAGCCAUAACUUAUACUUAAAUUAUUAGUUGUUAUUCAAGUAAUAAUCUUCGUCCUUGACCCGGUCUAAGACAGGAAUUUAUGCCUUUUUCCGUCUUCAACCAAAAUCUGAGAAAGAUAACGGAUUAAGGAACGCAAAUAUACAGUUACACAUUAGACCGGAAUGUGUUUUGAGAGAGUUUGAAAUUCUUUACCCCCCAGUUUAGUUUUUGGCAAAUUACCCGCUGAGAGAAUAAACUCGAGCAAUGCAUAUUUUUGCAGAAGUUGUUUCGAUCCGUUUAACGAACAAGGACUAAUAAGAAGAGAUUUAAAUUUGAGCUUUCACGGGGCAGAGGUUUUAAAACAGUUAACACAGAUACCAAAGGUGAGAAGAAUAUGCAUUUGUUUUGCCGAAAUGUUGCUCUAAUAGUGAUUAACCUCUAAGUCAUUCGCCGUUAAAUUGUAUGUUAUUUUUCUGGCACGCGCAGUACAAAUCGUUUUGACUUAAUGCGUGUGCUUUAGCAAUCAAGAUUUCAGAUCGAAUAGGCAAUAUAUGUAAUCUGAUAAGCCAUCAGUUUCAGCUCAUCCCGAAUAUAUUUUUGCCAAGUAAAUUUCGCAGCCUUCGCCCAAAAUAUUUUAAACCAAAGGUCGCAUUCAUAUUCUCUUAAUAUUCAGUUCAGGUAAGACAGAGUACAAAUAUUUGUCUGUUACGAUUUCUAAGUGACAUCUCAUCUUUUAUUUGACUGAUAUUCAUAACCUGCUGUAAGUUUACAGACCAAGUAAUCUCGUUCUCUGCUACAAUUAGAGAUACUAUCAAAAUGCACAUCGGUAACUUCAUUGUUCAUCAAAGCAACUUGGCCUAGAGAUGGCCGCAAUUACCAAAGUUAUUGUUCGGGACAAUAGCUUAUUGCGGUAGGUACUGAAUAACACGUUUGCCCCCCAAAGUUAAUAACUGAGAUACCUCGGCCGGAUGAGAUGAAAUAACUAAUGUAUAUCGCGAAUCGCUGUUGCGACAUUGUUAUAGUGUAAAACUCUGUAUUGUUUUCUUUUUGAGUGGAAAGCAGUGUAUGUACUUUUACAUUUAGUUGAUUUCACUACAGAAAGUAGCAAUUACGUUUGGCUGUUUCCAGAUGGAUAGCUCUCGAAAACCUGCCGUAAGUCUGGCGAAACCUACCGAGCAAUGCCGACAAAUUAAAAAAACCGACAAAUGGAAAUCUACGAUCGAAAAGCGCCGAAACAAACUCUAACAAUUCUUCCUAAUUAAUUCUAUUUAUGAUAUGAUUAGGAUUAAAGUUGCAAGCAGAGCUUUCUAUUGGGAAAUUGCGGUUAUGGAGGUUUUAUUCCAUUCGAUGCGGUUAUCCGGUUCCUAAGAAAUUCGAAUUAACAUUACCGACUGAGAAACACAGUUCUUAACAUAAAUUUUCUCGCAAAACGUACAGACAAUCAAAAAUUUCUUAAUAUUCGAUUUUUGUUGGGUGCACCUAGUGUUGACAUAGCAUGGUGUAGGGUAAAGUAGGCUGCUUUUUUUUCCUUGAAAUUGUUUGAGUUGGUACAAAAUUAGAUUUCUCACGGCAAAUAUUUCAUUCACAAGCGAAUACAACAGGGCUGUUUUAUCAACAAUGAAAAGAAUAACUUGUGACUGAUAACUAUGGGGUCCUGUCGAGAGCAUUUAACUGAAAUGAUUUUGUACAAACAGGGCUUAAAGAUGGUGAAUUCACUGGCAAGUGUUGGGGUCAUGCACUCAUCUGUGUGCAGCAAUUACAAGUUUGAUUCACCGGCUUCAGUGCCUUCGUCGCCAGCUCAAGCAAAGAAAAAGCACAAGAGACGGGGACCAAAACUUACAGGAGUCAGUAAACAAAGAAAGUCAGCAAACGCAAGAGAGAGGAAUAGAGUACAAGCUAUCAACAGCGCCUUUGAGACUUUGCGCAAUUUAAUACCUCUACUUCCAACAGAGAAACGGCCAUCUAAGAUAGAAACAGUACGACUGGCUGCACUUUAUAUUCAUCAUCUCACAGAACUGUUGAAAAAAAAUCGACAAUGUGAGUCGACUUUAACGAAGCCUCAAGGAAAAAGCGACGCGUACUUAGUUACUGUGAAAGAGGAAAGUUCUUCUGAUUCAGAUUUUUGAAACUAAAAUUUGACAUACAGUAAACUUGCUGCGAUCUAAAAUUUUCUUCAGUCUUGAAGAGUUUAAGUAGGACAACAACAGUGACGACAAUUUCAUUUGUCCUCAAUUUUACCUUUCCAUAAUGGAAACAUUCUAAACCACGCUACUGUGGAAUGUAAGGGUAUUCUGCAUGCUAUGCAGAUAAUAGCGGAUGCGCGAACCUCUGCGAAGAUAAUCAGACCCUUAGGCGUGCAGGUUUUUCAGUUAAAACAGGUUCAUUUAGAAUGAAAAGAAACUGAGCUGUUUAUAGACAGC